AUUAACCCUUGGAAGUUUACCGAGGACCCCUAGUGUUGGUCGAGAAGCACUACGAGUAAAGCUUGCAUCCAGCAGGGGUCAGUAGAAGAAACGCACAGCUCAAUGUUCCUAGUUCAGGAGGAAGAUCACGGCGACCUUUUUCUUCCUCCCGUUUAAUGCAUGAUGGCGGCCGCGUUGAGAGGAGGACUUGUAACAUUGGCCAAGGGACUGAGUGGUGCCCGGCUGCAGCCGCUGUGUGCCCGCUCUCUGAGUUUGACCUCCAGUCAGAAUGUUUCAGAGAGUCCCCCAGCGAGGGCUGACAGCACCUUUAAGGUCACGAUGGUCCCUGGAGAUGGAGUCGGGCCUGAGCUGAUGACUGCUGUCAAAGAGGUUUUCAAGGCAGCUGAUAUUCCUGUGGAGUUUGAGGAGUUUCACUUGAGCGAGGUGCAGAACAUGGCCAGCGAGGAGAAACUGGAAGAGGUGUUGUCCUCCAUGAAGAACAACCGAGUCGCCAUCAAGGGAAAGAUUCACACUCCUAUGGAGUACAAGGGUGAACUGGCUUCAUAUGAGAUGAGACUGAGGAGAAAGCUGGACCUGUUUGCCAAUGUGGUUCAUGUGAACAGCCUGCCUGGAUACAGCACCCGCCACAAUAACCUGGAUCUGGUCAUCAUACGAGAGCAGACGGAGGGAGAAUACAGCUCUCUGGAGCAUGAGAGUGUUUCGGGAGUGGUUGAGUGCCUGAAGAUCAUCACCAGGGAGAAAUCUCGCCGUAUCGCUAAAUUUGCAUUCGACUAUGCCACCAAGAAAGGCCGCAGCAAAGUGACCGCUGUCCACAAAGCAAACAUCAUGAAACUCGGGGAUGGUCUCUUCCUGCAGAGCUGUGCAGAAGUGGCUGAACUUUACCCCAAGAUUAAAUACGAAAACCUCAUCAUUGAUAACUGUUGCAUGCAGCUGGUGCAGAAUCCUUAUCAGUUUGAUGUGUUAGUGAUGCCAAAUCUCUACGGCAACAUCAUCGAUAACCUGGCAGCGGGGUUGGUGGGCGGAGCCGGCGUAGUCCCAGGCGAGAGUUACAGUGCAGAAUAUGCCGUGUUUGAAACGGGUGCCAGACAUCCCUUCGCUCAGGCUGUCGGCAGGAAUAUCGCGAACCCUACUGCUAUGCUUCUCAGUGCAUCCAACAUGCUGAGACACCUCAAUCUUGAGUAUCACUCAAACAUGGUUUCUGAGGCCGUCAAGAAAGUCAUCAAGCAGGGCAAGGUGAGGACGCGAGACCUAGGGGGUUACAGCACCACUGGGGACUUUGUCCGGGCGGUUGUGGACAACUUGCGCCAUCGGACUGUUUGAAGAUGCUUGCCAUUUCUCUAUCCUGGAUCACACUUUAAAUGCAACUUCUGAUCUAAAUAUGUUCAAAUGUUUCUAAAGCAGCCCUGUCAUAUUCCCAUUUCAUUUUUUUCUGUCUGGUUACUGAUUUGUUUUUUUUUGUUUUUUUUUUUCUCUCUUUUAAUGCAUCCAUGUAUGUUUUUUGUUUUGUUUUCCCUCCUGUAUUCCACCUAUAUUCACCCCAACCCUUUGAAAGGAAUUUAUUUUUGACAUUUCUGUGCUUCUUUGUUCACUCCAGUUCCGUUUAUAUGUAGGUUUCAGUUGGAUAGAUAACUUUAGUUUCUUAUUCCUUCUUUUCUAGAACUUCUGUUUGGGGCUGGUCCUCGUCAAAUUGCCUUUUUGAUUCCAGGACCCUGAUUAUCAGCAAGUUUGCAAAAGCCGUUUGACCUUUUGAGACCGAAGUGCCGGCUGUGUUUUUCCGUUUGUUAAUGUUACUAUUGUAAACAUCACUAAUCAAAUCUGCUGCUGUCAUAACUGCCAUAACAUAAUGGGCAAUUAUUAGUUUCAUUUCAUGAUGCAAAUGUUUUAAGCAGGAAGUCUGCUCCGUGCCAUUGCUGACUAACUCUGGAAAUGAUGACUGACUGAUAUCAAAGGCAAAUGAUAUCUCUCUGCCUCUCAGGCAUUUUUAAACUUACCUCAGUCAAUGCAGUACUGAUAGUGGUGUUCAUAUUUUCACUUUUACUUCUUACCGUGUCUGGGAAGGUGGAAACCACACAUUUUAAUAUACACAAAUUUCUCAAGGUUUAUUCAUGCUUCAAAUGAAAUGAUCACGUUUUGUCAAAUGUGAAUUUUUAUUCUUUUCAAUGCAAUAAAAUAAAUAUCUAUUGAGAAGUC